AUGGCGACAAAGCUUACAUCCUGUGAUAAGAAGCAGAGGAGCCCAGGCAGCCUGACUGGUCUUGUACUUGAUCCCUCUCCUCCUCUGCCUUCUCCCCUUCCUUCCAGUUACCAGAGAUUCACUGACUGUUACAAACACUUCUACCAGUUGCAGCCUGAGAUGACACAGAGGAUAUAUGACAAGUUUAUAAGUCAGUUGCAGACAUCUGUCCGGGAAGAAAUCUCAGAAAUCAAAGAGGAAGGGAACCUAGAAGCUGUCUUGAAUUCCUUGGAUAAAAUUGUGGAAGAAGGCAAAGACCACAAGGAACCAGCCUGGCGCCCCAGCGGAAUCCCAGAGAAAGACCUGUGCAGUGCCAUGGCACCUUACUUCCUUCAGCAACGCGACACUCUGCGGCGCCAUGUGCAGAAACAGGAGGCCAAGAACAAGGAGCUGGCUGAUGCCGUUCUGGCGGGGCGCAGGCAGGUGGAGGAGCUGCAGCAGCAGGUCCAGGCCCGGCAGCAGGCCUGGCAGGCUCUACACAAAGAGCAGAAGGAGCUGCUAGAAGUCCUGGGGGGCCUGAGUGAGGAGACGGCCCAGCCCCAGAGCACAGGGCAGUUGAGGUCGAGGCCCUGUGGUUGGCACACUGGGCCUGGACAGGCUGGCUAUGAGAACAGCUGAAAUGGUGCCAAUCCCCAGGAAGUGGCACCUGCCACUGCCACUGAACCUGUGGCUCCCAUGGGUCACGCUCUCAUACCAUCUUUAGCUUUCUCCCAUUUUCUUCUACCUGGAGGCUGGCCAGCUCCCAUUCUGGGGACCAGGCACCAGGCUUUUUCUCCUCUAGGUGGGUCCAGUGCUGCCCCCAUGCUAUCCUGCUGGCUCCUGAGCCCUCUCUGGACUUGGCCUGGAAAAUGUGUUUUCAGUCUCCACUGAUUGCCCCCUUGCUGGCCAGCCCCGGGGCCCUGCUAUGAUCUCCAACAUCCGUAAAUAAACUUCCUCCUCUACACUGUAAUCUGUGAGGAUGCUUCCUCGCCAGGCGUCUCAGACCAAGACCACUCCUGGGCUCCCAAGCUCUGGCUUGGGCCAAGGCCUCAGCUGCAGUGCACUGGAAGCCUACAAACUGGGGUGGGCUGGAACCCACCAAACUGGGGUUGUAUCUGGUCAUGUGCAGAGGGCAGCAGAACCCCUUGUCACAGAAACCAGGACCUCUGUGUCCAAGCUGCCAAGGGUGUCACUCUGACCAACCCAUCUUACCCUUCUCCUUGCUGUUUGAGUUAACUCAGAAAGCAUCUGCAGUGGGCCUUUCUCAGGCCCACUGGUGGGCCCUCCAGCAUAGCUGGCACUUUGUUUCACUUCUCCUGCCUCACUUUUCUCCAGCCAAGACCUCCAAAGGCCAAAUGGUGCUUCCCAGACCAGAUGGGAAGGGGAUGGGCUCAGGUUGGGCAAAAAGAUUUUCUCUGGGGCUGGUGGAGUGGUUCAAGUGAUAAGAGUACUGCCUAGCAAGAUGAGACCCUGAGUUCAAACUCCAUUACAGAAAAAAAAAAAAAAGUUUUCCAUGGUGAGGGCCUCACCCUAGCCCCAUAAACAGAGGAUUUUUUUUAUCUUUCUGAGGAGCCCUGGAGACAGGAAGAUAGCACAGUGGCCCUUGCUCACUAUCCCCAUAAACUGAACCUAGGCUCGGUCUCCCUCUGGCUGCCUCUUCACCAUGAAGCUGCCAUGUUAAGGCAUCCAGAUGCCUCCCUUCUGCCCAGCCGGCCCCACCCAGUGCUUCAUUUGUCUGUUAGGUUGGGCAGACAGUCUGAGCCUUGGUCAGUGGGUGGGUGAGCAAGGACCCAGUUCAGAUGGGAAGGUUCCAGCACUCCCUUCCUCUCCUCCCCAGGCUGGCCCAAGGCAGUGAUGGCUCUCAGGUAUGGGAUGGGGUGUUUUAGGCUGGGGAGUUCUGUUGGAAGACAAUCUUUCCCAUCACCUUUGGGAGGAGUGUGAGAGACGGGUCCUUCCCAUGGCUGUUAGCACUGGGAGUCUGCAUUGGCAGAUGAAUGGUGGGGUCAGGAGCCCAGAGGUGGCUCCAUCUCCCUGUCCUGCUUCCCCACAGAAGUGCUUCACCUCCCUGUCCUGUGCCCCUGCUCCCUGGCACUUGUAGCCACCUGGCCUUCCCCAGAGAUGCUGUCCUCAUCCCGUGCCCAGCCCCACAUGUGUGGUUUAUGACUCUUGGUUCUGUGCUGCCCCAGCCCCUUCUCCCCUUCCUAAUGCACAGGGGUGUGGCAGUGGGGAGGCGCACACCGCCUGCCUUUGAUGGCUCACUGGGUGAGUGAGGGCAUUGCCUGCUGGCCUAGCCUCCCUCCCUGAGGUUUGGCUCCUGCUCCCCUCCCACCCUCCUGCCCCCUGGCCAGAUGGUGCAAAUCACAGGCUGUGAGAGCUGGAGACCAGUUCUGCUGAGGCUAUUUUAGACCUCUGCGCCCCCUUCCUCUUUUGGCUCCCCCUGGGACCCAGCCAGUGCUCAAACUGACACUGCAGGUCUCCAGGAAGACAGUAGAGGCUAGGGGACAUGGAGCAGCCCCCAGGGAAGAGGCCAGGGUGGUGUCAGAGUCUGGCAAGCUCCGAUUGUAGCCCACACUCCUUCACCCGGGGCCCUACCCAGGCAGCCACAGCCCCCAACCACAACUUCCUUUGGGUUUAGCCAACAGACCUAGGGCAGAUGACCCCCAAUUAGUACUGGCAGCUUCCCCUGCCCCACCCUCCUGCACCUCAGGGACAGCCCAGCGUGUAUAAACAGUGGUGGCUGCUGGAAGGGACAGCCCAGCUGAGUCCUGAACAGCAGCCCUGUGCAGCUGACAGACACCAUGAGGGCCCUCAUUCUGCUUGCCCUACUGGCCCUGGCCACACUCUGCCUCACUGGCUGGACAGGUGAGUAUCACCAAUCCCACUCAGAUCUUCUCCAAUGGGGCUACAAGAGGAGCAUGCCAUGUCUCCAACUCUUACCCUUUCCUUCUGCAAUCCAGCCAUCUUCCUGCAGGCUCAAUCCUUUUGUCCCCAGUUCUGUCCUUGUGGAGGGACAGAGGGCAGAGCAUGCUGCCAGAAGCAGGGGCAGAAGGUUGAGGCCCUAAGAAAGGACAGGGGUGAACUGGUUCCUUCCUCUUUGCAGAUGCGAAGCCCAGCGGUGCAGAGUCCGGCAAAGGUUCAGGUAGGAGGCCGGGUCUGAUUGUCUCCCAGGCUGCCCCUCACCAUGCUCCCCUCAGCAACAUCCCCCACUCUGGCUCCCUCCUGUCUGGCUGUCAAAAAAGCCACCCAGCUUCUCCCAAACUGGGAGCCACCUGAUCCCCACCCCUCUGCUCCACAGCCUUUACAUCCAAGCAGGAGGGCAGCGAGAUGGUGAAGAGACUCAAGCGCUACCUGGACCAUGGCCUGGGGUGAGAAGAAAGGAGGGGCUGGGCCAGGGUCCCCUGUCUCCAGGAUGUGCUGGAGAAGAGUUGUGGUGGGGUGCUGGGGUGAGGGAUGGAGCAGGAUACCCCACCCCCAAGUCCCUUGUGCAGUAGGAAUUGGGGGUGGACACUUUGUCUGGGGACUGAUGCCAUUGUGUGGGUCUUCUCAGAGCUCCAGCCCCCUACCCAGAUCCCCUGGAGCCCAGGAGGGAAGUGUGUGAGCUCAACCCCAAC